AUUCCUGCCACAAAUUUCAUUGGUGGGAGUUGGAGUUGAUCAGGUUCGGGUAAUUGGACUGGCGGCUAGCGGAAUUAAUCCAAGUUUUAUGCAAAUACGCACGCAAUAUUGCAGAUACAUAAACUUCCGGAAACUACCAUGAAGUUUCAGGUUAUGUGGGACGCUUGUUUUUGAGUUUUUCGCUUAAAACUCGUAUAAUAUCUGCAUUUUCAAGCGAAAAACACAUAAACCAGCCAAAAUGUCCAAGCGCCAUGUGGAGGACAGCUCCAGCGGGCAGCCGCCCAUCAAAAAGAUCCAUUUUGAGCCACAUCUUAUUGGCCCAGUGUCAACCCUUGAAGAAAUGGACAUAAAAGUCCUACAAUUCCAGAAUAAAAAGCUUGCACAGAGAAUUGAGCAAAGAUUAAGAUGUGAGUCAGAACUUCGACAAAGAAUUGAGCAGUUAGAAAAACGUCAAACACAAGACGACGCAGUAUUAAACGUCGUCAAUCGUUACUGGAAUCAACUCAACGAGGACAUUCGCAUACUCCUACAACGUUUUGACGCGGAAACUGCAGACGAAUCAGAAAAUAAGAACGAAAAUGAAGCAACCACUUCGUUUCUCAUGCAAUUAUCCACUUGGGAUAAAGAAGAACUGGAUGAUAAGCUGGCGAACCGCGUGCAGGUGUCCAAACGUGCCGUGGCGAAAGUCAUUCAAGCAUUCGAUCGUCUCAUGCAGCGUAAUGAGAAGAUAACGCUUGCUUUGAAAGGCGAAUUGGAAGGACAAGACGCUCCUAGCGUUGAUGAAGUCAUUCGUGAUUCGAACGUUCAGCUACAGAACGAGAAUCAUCAACUGCAGUCGGUGCUCACUGGGUUACAGGAGAAAUAUCACACGAAUAGUUUGAAAAUGUCUGAGUUACGAGAUUCUGUUACUGGGAAAGAGACUGAAAUUGCCGAGUUGAAGAAUCAAAUCGAUGAUUUACAGUAUGAUUUGGAUAAAGUAAGGAUUCGUAAUGAUAAGUUGGAGAAUCAUUUGGGUGAGGCCAUUGAAAAGUUGAAAGUUUAUCAUCACAUGCACGGAGAUCCGGAGAAGAGCAGCGAUUCCAGCGGGAAGACUAAAGUUGUUACAAGUAGUGUAACACAGGCUAAGAUUGAGGAUAUGGUGAAGGAUGUUGAAGAAUGGAGGGAGUUGGCGAAUAAUCGUCUGCAGGAGUUGGAGAAGUUGCAUUCCACACAUCGGGAGACACUUAAAGAAGUUGAGAAACUUAAAAUGGAUAUUCGACAACUUCCCGAGAGUGUAAUUGUGGAGACCACAGAGUAUAAAUGUCUGCAAUCGCAGUUUUCCGUACUUUACAACGAGAGUAUGCAGUUGAAGACGCAGCUUGAUGAAGCCAGACAACAAUUGCAGACUAGCAAGAACGCGCAUUUACGAAAUAUUGAAGUUAUGGAGAGUGAAGAAUUAAUGGGUCAGAAAAAACUUCGACAGGAAGUAAUGCAGCUGGAAGAUGUCCUUGCGCAGUUACGCAAAGAAUACGAAAUGUUACGUAUUGAAUUCGAGCAGAACUUAGCCGCGAACGAACAAACCGGGCCGAUAAAUCGUGAAAUGCGCCAUCUUAUUACUUCUCUGCAGAAUAACACCACACAAUUGAAGGGAGAAGUACAGCGUUACAAGCGGAAAUAUAAAGAAGCAAACAGUGAGUUGCCAAAGGUCCGGAAAGAAGUUGAAGAACUGCAAGGUAAGGUAGAUCAAAUGGCGGCUUUGCAAGAUUCCAAGGAGCAUGUAAAGACUGAGGCUGUGAAGGAAGAAGAGCGACAAGCAGAUAAUACGCCGAUUAAAGACGAAGGCUCCAGUACUCCUAUGCAAAAAGAAGAAGAUGAAAGUGAACAGACUGAGGAGCAAGGUGAUAAAGCAGCGGAAGGGGAAGGAUCACCAGGUAAAGGUAAAGAUAUUAAACAAGAAAAGGGCGGGAUGGUUAAAAAGGAACCGACUGUGAAGACAGAAAAGGAUCAUCGUGAAGCACAGCGGGCCAAAGAGGCGAAAAUCAACGAGUCUGAGAUGAUGCGUGAUUUACGCGCACAAUUAAAGAAAGCUUUAAACGACGCGAAAGAAAUGAAACUCCUUUUGGAUAUGUACAAAGGAGUUCCAAAGGAGCAACGUGACAAAGUCCAACUCAUGGCGACCGAAAAGAAACUCCGCGCUGAAUUGGAAGACCUCAAACAACAAAUGAAAAAGGUACAGGAUUCCAAACGUGAUGAUCGUAAGAAACUCGCCGAUGACGAGGCAUUGCGUAAAAUCAAACAACUUGAAGAGCAGAAAUACGAGCUACAGAAACAAGUGGCAAGUCAAAAACCACAGGAUGGUAAUUGGCAAGGACAUCCGGGACACCCGCACAAUGUUAUACAUCAACUACGACCGUUUGUUGGAUCACAAGAAGAGGAAGCUCUGCUUAAUGAAAUGGAAGUCACUGGACAGGCGUUUGAGGAUAUGCAGGAACAAAACUCGCGACUGAUUCAACAACUGCGUGAAAAAGACGACGCUAAUUUUAAACUGAUGACGGAACGUAUUAAAUCCAAUCAAUUGCAUAAACUUGCCCGAGAGGAAAAGGAUGUGAUGAAGGAACAAGUCUCCACUUUGACUACACAAGUGGAAUCGGCGAAUACUGUCGUGCGUAAGUUGGAAGAGAAAGAAAGAAUACUUCAGAAUACUCUAGCGACUGUUGAGAAGGAAUUAGCGUUAAGGCAACAGGCGAUGGAGAUGCACAAGCGUAAGGCGAUUGAGUCUGCGCAGAGUGCAGCCGAUUUAAAACUCCAUCUUGAAAAGUAUCACGCGCAGAUGAAGGAAGCGCAGCAGGUUGUUGCGGAAAAGACCAGCUCACUGGAAGCGGAAGCUUAUAAAACUAAGCGGUUGCAAGAAGAGAUUGCGCAGUUGAAGCGUAAGGCAGAACGCAUGAAAAAGAUGGAGAUUUCCGGUACGACUCUGGAUGAGGUAAUGAUGGAAGAGAUUCGCGAGUACAAGGAGACACUGACUUGUCCUUCGUGCAAGGUAAAACGGAAGGAUGCGGUGCUCUCGAAGUGUUUCCACGUGUUUUGCUACGAUUGUCUCAAGACACGUUACGAAACGCGGCAGAGAAAAUGUCCGAAAUGCAAUUGCGCCUUUGGGGCGAAUGACUAUCAUAGACUCUAUUUAUCGAAUUAAUUUUUUAUUGUUUAGGUUAGGUUAGGUUGUAGGCGUGUCUUUUCAACAGUUUUAUUUUAGUGAGUAAUUCUAAGGGUACGAACUGUGGUUUGAAUUAAAUUCCAUGUAAACAUGUAUAAACAA